AUGGCGCCGGGCUCCCUCGGCUGGAAGGACGGCCUGAGGAUAUACGUGCAUCAGAGGCGCACCGCGGGGGAGGGGUACGACGACUCGCUGGCCCGCGCCGUGCUGAAGCGGCCCAAGACGCCCGACGCCUGGCUGGCGCUCCUGAUCAAGGAGGAGGCGGAGGCCGGCGACGUGAGAUCGACGGAGAGGACUGGCGCGAGCAUCGGCGGCAGGGAGAUGGUGGAGGUGACGAUCUCGCACCUGUACAGAUGGGCCACCAAGGAAGUGCCCUUCGAAGAGAACAGGGCGGAUCCGGCGUACUGGGACCUGCAGAUCGGCUACGCGAGGCGGCUGUGGGGCAGAGAGCGGACUGGCCGGACGCUGUUCAAGGACUUGAUCUGCGAGAGCAAGGGGAGAUACGCUCCCAUAUUUCUUGAAUGCGCUGGGCUGUAA